CCCGAACUCAGCUAGUUCAGCUCCUUGCCAUGCGCUGGUCCCGUGAAUCAGUUUGUUGCUGCAUGUCUGCUGUGGGCUGCUUCGUUGGCCCCUUGAUGCUGCUGAGCACUUCCAUCGGCUACUUCAGCGAUGCUGACCCCGUGCUGGCGAUGAUGGCUGAAGCCAAGGGGCCACGUGAGGAUUUCGUGUUUGUGCCUGGUGGCUGCAAGAUCACCAAUGUCACAUUCCAACUCGAGAGCUAUUGCGUUAGUGGUUGCACCGGCAUAAGUGCGGGCACGCGACUCUGCAGAUACUACCCAGAAUAUCACGGUGUAUUUGUGGAUGACCCAACCCUUUCCUUUUCUGAAGUCUUUGAGGACGGAGUCACAGAAGACGGACUGUCCUGCAGAGAAGAUCCAGAAAGACCGCCAGCUCAUGCGCCCCAAGUUGGAGAUGUAGUACCCUGCUGGAGGUCGCAGCUUGAUCCAGUCUCUGGGGUGUAUCGGUGCGGUUGCAGGAAUUGGUUUAGGUUUUGCCCUGCACACCAGGGCAUCUGCGCAAAGUUUGUCGACCCUGUUGAUCUGUGGCAGGCUGCAGAGCUGGACCGUGACAACUUCCUGACAACCUACGGCAGCCUUGGCUUUGCAGCGAUCCUAAUUUUGCUAAUACCCAUGGUCUACAUCCCAUGGUAUUGCUUCAAAAAACGUUCGCGCACCAAAUCGGUAGCCGCACAGACACAAAGGGCAUUCGCAUGAGACCGGAACCGGCCAGGUAACCUGUGGGCUCCUGGAAAUGGCUGGGUUUUCGAUUCCAAAAAGCGAUCAACUUUGUGGGGCGGCAGGACCCGCAUGGAAUGUAUAGGCCUUUUUUUUUUCGAUCCAUUUUACACAGUUCCCCUGAACCCUGAAGGGGUUAGGUUAGGUCGGUUAGGUGUGCUUCACCCAAUCGGGUGAUUUUUGCACCAUGAAGUUAACUAAGUUAACCCUUGCACAAUCCCACGACUGCGAGAAAGACACUAGUGAAGGGGUCAUCCUCAGCAGAUUGGUACUCGUAAUCUCUCUCUGCACCUCGUCUUG